UUGCAACACACUCACAUAUACACAUACACACUCAACGCGACGCCGAAAUUAACGUGCUGCACUGGACGACCGAUUGUCUAUCUACUUUCGGGGGGUGUGCUUUUUGAAUUUUUUUUGUUUUUGUUUUUUUUCAUAGCCUCAUUAAAACAGAUUUAUGUGAAUUGAUAUAUAAAUGUUGCCAGCUUUCAGAAAGUUAUAUGCUUUUUUCCUAACUUUUUGAUUGCAAACUUGUAUUUUCCAGCUGCACGUGCUGCUUCAACUGAUAUGGGAUGGAGCAUCAAAACAAAAAACCUAUUCUGCCGGGUUUCCCGUCAACCAGCUUUACCGCACAGUUUCCAGGUAAAUCAUAUGUUUUAUGUUUUCUCAUCACAUGCUGCAAAACGAAGAACAAGAAAAAACAAAACAUUUUUAUUUGUUCUCUCUUUUUGGAACAAGAAUGAUAAAAUAAAAAUAAUAAACAGCGGAAAAAAUGAUGAGAAAUAAUGAACUGUUAGGAAAAAAAAAUGAUAAUAAUAAUAAUUUUGUUGCAGCAUUACAAACGAAUACAACAAAUGCAUUGA